AUGCAUCGGGAGAGAAGGCAGUUGCUCCAAGCGCUCAGGAAAUUGGAACGCCGCACUAUUGAGAUGAGCGAGAUGAUCAGUCUGCUGAGGCUGGAGAAUCAUCAGAAAGAGAAACAAAUUGUGCAUCUGUCGGCUGUCAUCAAGGAUAAAGAACAAAUAGCCGAUCAUGUUCAAUGUGCUUCGACAACACCCGAGCAAUUAGAGAGCGAAUCAGUCAUCAAAUUUGCUAGCGAGCGGGAUGACGAUACGCCGAAGGCCGCGGUUCCCUCACAAUCGCUGUUUGGGGUCGUGAUCUCGCCAGGCUCCGAGCCACUCCCAUCACCAUGGCUUAACUCUUCCGCUCGGGUCAAUGCACUACAAAGUGCCUCAAAUGUCCCCAACGAAACCGAUCAACAAUCCCUCCCAAGCACCUUCGUGCUUCAGCCUGCACCCGCUAGUAUGCAUCGGUAUCUCAAUACCAUGCAAUCUGAGCUACACCGGCUUAGCGCACCGCCAUCAUCGUCCCAUCGCCAAACGCUACGUAACCGCCGAGAGGUCUUAUUCAAAGAAGCCCUAAAAGAAAGCAUUGUUUCGAAAAAGGCUAGCAUAGCUUUACGUGCUACUAUAGCCGAAGAAGUCAAAGCAAGCGUCGAGGGUCUCCUCACGAGCCAAGAGAAAGACCCACAGCACACUAUCAAGACUAUGCGGUUGCGGAGCAAGGGCUACUGGUCCAAAAUUCACCAGGAUAUCCAUCGUGCCAAUUUAGACCUCAAGACGCUUGGAGAACGUCAGCGCUUAGAUCAACUAUACUCCACGAGAGAUAUAGAACGGGUUUUGUUCUUUUGGGCUGUUUAUCAAGAGGUUCUGUCAUACGGAGACAUUGCUUAUGAGCUAUCUCUGCCACUUGGUAUACUGCCUUUGUGGAUCAUGCGUUACGUAGAACAUGUCUAG